CCCUUCCCCUUCCCCUUCUCUGGGAGUGCUGGCCCGUAGCGUACGUCUGGUAAGUCGCAUCCAUUUAUACAAAAAAUCACAAAGAAAACUCAAAACACAUAGCACACCAUGAGUUCAAUUGGAUCUACAAGAAGCAACCGCAGACGCGGAAGGUGGACAAAUUCAACAACAAGAAGAGCAAAAGGUCAGCUACAUCUGGGCCUACAGCUUUUAAUUGAUAUAUUGAUCCCCAUCAUUCUGCA